UCCUGAACUGUGAAAGGGUUAUGUGUUUUUCCAAAAUGUAAAUCCAGCCCCCUUUCGUACGUGUGAAGUCGUCCACGAGUCAGCCCCACCUCUCCCUCCUGCUCUCCCUGUUCCCCCCGUGCCCCGUCUUUCCCCAUCUCUGUCUCGACUGUCCAGCUGGCAAUUUAACUGCCAUUACAGACACAGUUAUUGCUGCUCAUUAUGAGUCUUUCUUAGCCUCUUUAAAGGCCUUGAUCCGUCUGUACCUACCAAGUGGAUGAUUUCUCACUUCUGUGUACUCAGAGUACAUUUUUAAAUAGUGGACAAAGACUGUGGGGGGAAAUCGACAAAUUAGAACAAGCACACUCACCCCUGAGCUGAGGUUACCGAAGCUCUGUUUUCAAUUGCGCGCCAGUCUCAAGUGCCGUUUAAUUGGUUCCAUCCACUAGAGACACACAUGGAACAGUCAUAUUGGUGUAGACACAUUGUUGUCUUCUUACUCAGUGCUUGGAUCGCAUCAUGCUUUGCCCAAACCACACCCCCAGUGCUCUCCAACGCCACACCAACGUCUCAGUCAAAGGGACCAGAGAGUCUGAAGUUUCGUCUGUCUGGUUUUCCCCGGAAACACAAUGAGGGCCGAAUUGAGGUGUUCUAUAAAGACGAGUGGGGAACAAUCUGUGAUGAUGACUUCUCAUUAGCCAAUGCCCAUGUCCUCUGUCGCCAGCUUGGGUUUGUCUCCGCUACAGGCUGGGCACACAGCGCCAAGUAUGGCAAGGGCACAGGUAAGAUUUGGCUUGACAAUGUGCAAUGCAGUGGUAGUGAAAGAAGUAUAUCAGUGUGUAAGUCUCGUGGAUGGGGCAACAGUGACUGUACACAUGAUGAAGAUGCGGGAGUGAUCUGUAAAGAUGAGAGGCUGCCUGGAUUCAAAGACUCUAAUGUGAUAGAGGUGCAAGUGGACGAGAAUAGAGUGGAGGAAGUCCGUUUACGCCCAGUCGUCACAUCUAAGCGUAUGCCGAUCACAGAGGGGGUAGUAGAACUCAAGAAUAAGGAUGGGUGGGCUCAGAUCUGCGACAGCGGCUGGACCCCCAAAAAUUCACGCGUGGUUUGUGGCAUGUUGGGAUUCCCCCAUGAGAGGAAGGUCAACAAAAACUUUUAUAAGCAUCUCAGAAAGAGAUCUACUGAUCCAAAAGCUAAAGUAAAAGUAACAGCAGCCAGGCUGGAGCCCAAUGCUAAGACUAUCACUAAAACUAGCUCUAAACCUAAACCGGGUAAAUCAGCUGCAGCUGAAAGGCUGUAUGCUGAGCGGCAGAAUAAUCACUUCCAGGUUCACUCAGUGGCAUGUUUGGGUACAGAGGUGCAUUUAGCUGCGUGUCCUCUGGAGUUUAAUUAUGGCAAUGCCACAAAGACGUGCCCUGGGGGAAUGCCGGCUGUGGUCAGCUGCGUACCCGGUCCACUGUACACACAGAACAACGCAAUGAAGAAGAAACUCAAAGUUUCGUCUUCUGUACGUCUGAAGGGUGGAGUGAGACAGAGCGAGGGCCGUGUUGAAGUAUUAAAGGGUAGCGAAUGGGGGACGGUAUGCGAUGAUCGCUGGAACCUGCAGUCUGCCAGCGUGGUGUGCAGAGAGCUGGGCUUCGGCACUGCCAAAGAAGCCCUGACAGGUGCCCGCAUGGGACAAGGUUUGGGGCCCAUACACAUGAAUGAGGUCCAGUGCACCGGCCAUGAGCGUUCACUGUGGAACUGCCACUAUAAAAACAUCUCGGCUGAGGAUUGCAAACACACAGAGGAUGCAGCGGUCCGCUGUAAUGUCCCACAUAUGGGCUACGAGAAGACGGUGCGCAUCUUAGGGGGGCGAACGCGCUAUGAGGGCCGGGUGGAGGUGUUACAUACCGAGACUAACGGAACCGAGCUCUGGGGCCUGAUCUGUGGAGACGGCUGGGGCACUGAAGAGGCCAUGGUUGUGUGCAGGCAGCUGGGCCUCGGGUACGCCAACCAUGGCCUACAAGAAACGUGGUAUUGGGACAGCAGUAAUGUGACAGACAUGGUCAUGAGUGGAGUGAAAUGCACUGGAGAUGAGAUGUCUCUCAGCCAAUGUCAACGCCACAAAACUGUUACCUGCCAGAAAACGUCCGCUCGGUUUGCAGCAGGAGUCAUCUGCUCAGAAACUGCAUCUGAUCUUGUGUUGAAUGCACCUCUAGUGCAGCAGACAGUGUAUAUAGAGGACAGGCCGUUACACAUGCUGUAUUGUGCAGCAGAAGAGGACUGUCUGUCAAAGAGCGCAGCCAAAGCUAACUGGCCUUACGGUCACCGUCGUCUGCUCCGCUUCUCAUCACAGAUACAUAAUGUUGGCCGUGCUGACUUCCGACCCAAAGCUGGUCGUCACUCUUGGGUCUGGCACGCAUGUCACGGGCAUUAUCAUAGCAUGGAUAUCUUUACACACUAUGACCUGCUGUCUGCCAAUGGCACUAAGGUAGCAGAAGGACACAAAGCCAGUUUCUGCCUGGAAGACACAGACUGUGAAGAGGGUGUUUCUAAGAGAUAUGAGUGUGCGAACUUUGGUGAGCAAGGCAUCACAGUGGGAUGCUGGGAUUUGUAUCGCCAUGACAUAGAUUGCCAGUGGCUCGACAUUACUGAUGUUAAACCAGGAAAUUAUAUCCUUCAGGUUGUGAUCAAUCCUAAUUAUGAGGUUUCUGAGAGUGACUUCACAAACAAUGCCAUGAAAUGUAAUUGCAAAUACGAUGGGCAUAGAGUCUGGGUUCAUAACUGCCAUAUUGGUGAUGCUUUUAGUGAAGAGGCUGAGAGAAAGUUUGAGAAAUACCCUGGACAACUCAACAACCAGAUCUCAUAAUCAGAGGAAUAUAACUAACAUAUUUUGAAAAAACAAAUCCAGAGAAAAUUAUUAUUCGUUUAAACUAGUUAUCAUUUCACACUACUAUGAAAUACCCAAUAUUUUUACACAAGAACCAGAACAAUUACCAUGAGUCAUAAAAUGAAUUUGUGUUUCAACCCUAGCGAAUUUUUUUAUUAAUGAACUCUUGACACUUUGUGCUUAACAAGUGUAUUGAAUCUGAAAAAAUGGUGAAGCCUGUCUAAAUCAGUUUACACUGACUGUGUUUUUUACAGUAACUCUAAAUAUGGCAUAAAAAGGCUGAAGGCGAGAUGUUAAAUGAACAUUUGGUAAUGUCUGCUGUAUUGUUUACAUUUGCAAUCGGGUGCUUACUUUCCUUAAAGCCUUAAAGACUUUGUUGAUGCCUCACACAGCCAAUGUGCUGCGUUCCUCUGUGAUUUAAAAAUACUUGAACAUUUUGUAGUCCAGAUGAUCAUUCACAUGUAGAUGCGUUGUGAAUGAAUGUUUAUUAAGCUUCAUAGCUCAGACUCAACACGGUAUCUUGUUAAAAUGAUCUUUCAGUAAUGACUUGUCACAGAAUCACAUAUUAUGUUUUAACUGAACAGUUUGUUUCACAUGUUAAUUAACUGUAUACUAUAAUUUCCUGUCAAACCUCUUGUUUCGAGAUUAAAAAAAUAAAGUGCUAUUUAAAGUUGUAAUAGAAAUAAAGGUGUGUUAAGUUUCA